GGCCCCUUGAUACAGCCAACAUGAAGUUUUCCAUCAUCGCUACUGCUUUCCUUGUCCAGGGCAUCGCCGCCAUGCCUUGGUCUUCCGUCAAGGGAAGCCGAGCAAAGAGCGAUGAAAUCACUGUGCGAAUCCAGGUUUCCGGUGAUUCUGGCCACGGAUUGGCCUCCAAGCCCCUCAAGAAAAUGACUACUACCUACCCAAUCUGCUGUGAUAUUUGCGCGCCCGAACCGAUCCCGUGCAACGACGAAUGGAUGAGUGACGCGUGCCUUUCGUCUUUGGUGAAAAUAGCUAAUUAGUGACUUAGGAGUCCAAGAAGCGGGACGACGAAGAUGGUACAUGCUGGACCUGCUGUCUUAAAGGGACUACUGAUCUCUAGGUAGAUGUGAAUCGUGUGUGCCGGUGCCAAUUGGCACGUAUCGUGGAUGGAUAUGGGAACCCCGUCAGGGGACGACAAGAAAGUGGACGUUCAUUACUUGACUAGAUACGAUUAUGAAACCUGUGUUGGUCUGAGCCCAAAGUGUUUAA